AUGAAUAUAAAAACAGCCAACCAAGAGAAACAUUUAAUUAAAUUAGAUAUCGAUGGAACUAGUACCAAUCCUGACUUUUCCACUUUAAAUCAGAAACUAAAAGGAAUUUUACAAAAAUUAGUAAAACAAGGGCACAAAAUCUGCUUUACAACCGGGCGAAAUUAUUUAUCAGCCCUACCUUUUUAUCAAGAAGUUGGCUUGGAUACUUUUUUGGUUACUUAUAAUGGAGCCUACAUUAAUAACCCUUCUGAAAAAGCCCAGGAACAAAUAGUGAUUAAUCCGAUGGCAAAUGAAGUAAUAAAAAACAUUUUAAAUGAGCCAUUAAUUAAACAAAAUCUCCGUAAUGUUAUGAUCGACAAAAUCGACCGUACAACCAUUAGCACCAGCGAUGACAUCUAUUACCAAGAAAUAUUUUUUAACGGAAAUCCUUAUACAAAGG